AUGCUGUUGUUGAACAAGAUUUGCGUGGCCAAUGACGAGGCAGGCGUUGAUCAUGACGAACGUGCGGUUUGCAUAAGGAAGGCUGCCGAACUUGCUGCCAAAGAAGGCCCGGACCAGGUGUGCUUCCGUGGGCAAGCGUUGUUGUGCAUCGCACGGGCGAUGGCGAAGGAAGAGGCCGAGCAGACGCUGCUUGCACUGGAGGAAAGCCUCCAGAGCAUCCUGGCGACAGCGAGGCUUCCAAUGGCAGCAAGGAUGAUGUCCAGCAAGCAGCAGGCAGUCUGGUCGGCAAAAGCACUGGCGGAAGGAAUGGGUCCUCGUUUCGCGGACACGUGCCACCGUGCCCUGCUUUCAGACCAUCGGCCGGAGCCUUUGACGUCUGCGGCGCUGCUGCGUGCGUCGGCACAGCUCCUGCAUGCGGGGCUGAGGCCAAAGUGCAAUGCCUUGACCCGCUGCCUCGCACAGCGUGCAGCGACAGCAGCCGGCCUCGGCGCAGAUCCCGAUGACGACGCUUUUGAGGAGGAGGAGGAGGAGGAGCGCGAGGCGGCUCGGCGGCUGCUUCGGGAGCUCUUCUGCUGUCCGAGGCUUCCUGCAGACACGCUGUCCUCGCUUGUAGAGUUCUCAGCUGGACCUGGGACGAUGGAUGGGGAGAAGGGACUGCACACGGAGCCGGAAGUCCUCGACAACUUGAGGCACGUGAAGCAACUGGAUGCUGCAACAAAGGCUUACAAGCGAUGUGCCUCUCACAUCACUGCCUCAGGUUCCAAGGACAUGGUGCAAAGGCUGCGCGUUUCCACACGCCUUGCGAUGCGAGCACCAGGCGAAGCUUCCAAUCACAGCGAGCUGCUGGUAGGUCUUCUCGGACGCGAGGCUGAUGAACUGUCGCGAGGGGAGACCCUGAAGCAGCUCCGGAGAGUCCUCCCGAUGCUCCAAGGACCUGGAGCUGAGCAGGUGAGGAAGGUCUUUGAUGCGGCAUGGGCAUUCGUCAAACAAGGUGCUUUGGACGGUGACAGGGAAUCUUCCAUCUGUGCCGUCUGGCUUUGUGCAGAUGCGCUGAAAGCACGGCGCGAGAGGUUGGAGCUUGCGCCGACAAGUCCUCCUGUGCCAGAGUGGAGGAUUCCCUGCACCUCCGAGCAGCAGCUGCCUGGUGCGGACCAGAAUGCCUGGAUGCAGGUGCUUGCACGGCUCUGCUCCGACACCCAGGAGCAGGAGCCGCCCAUGAAACGGAGGCGCCUGGAGGAGGCCGAGGCCCCCACACUUCCGGCAACAGAGCUCCGUCGGCUCCUCGUGCCCGGGGCGACGCGGCGCUGGUGUCUGGCAGUGACGACGAUGGCGCUGGAGUACUGCAUACUGCUGGGGGGCUCCGGUGAUGUGCAAGGCAGCCUUGCCUUGCUCUCGGCCAGCGUGUCCUGGCUCCGGUCCAGUUUCCAGGAGUGGGAUCUGGGACGACGUGCACAUCGGGCGAUGGUUCGAUGGUUACGAGGGAGGCUCUCCGACACGCUGAGGAUGCUGCCGGUUGAGGAUGUUGCUGCCAGCCCUUGGGGCGUUGGCCUCUUCCUAACGUGCUGUGCGGCGAUUGCUUUCGUGGGGUUUCUGCUGGCGUUGAUGGAGGAGAGCCCCAAGGCUGGCUACUCCAAUGCUCCCACGUCCCACCUCAUGGAGUGCGCGGACUCCACGGACCUGCUCUUCUCGGACCUCUUCUCGGACGGCACCGGGCUGGGACUCCUGGAGCCAUUGUGGCGGCUCUUCACCCCAGAGGGUGCUUUGUGGACGCUGCUUACAGGCUGGGAUCCUCGAGACCAUGCCUCCUCUCUGGGUCUCACUGGCAUGCUCGAGGCAGUCGCCAGCCUCAUUGCCACAGGCCUCACCCUCUUCAACCAUGCCAUGGCAGCCCUGCUGAGGCUUUUGUGUCCUAGCCGCCGCUCUAAGGCAUCGAAGGGUGAGAAGGAGAAAGCCAGCACAGCACAUGAGAAGAUUCAGAUGACCUUCCUUCAGGAAGCACAUGCCUACUUCGGAUAUGUGCGCCUCUUCGGCCUUGGUCUUAUUCGUGAGUACAUUAUCCGGGCGUGUGCUUUCUUCCUGAAGGAUGAACUCUGUGUCCGGUACAUGCAGCGAGAGAAGUGGAGUGUUGGAUGGACAGAUUUCUAUUUGCAGCACAUGUACAAGCUCUACGUGGAUUGCUUUGCACGACCCAUCGCCUCUGCCCCUGAUGCAGCUGUUGAUGUUGUGAUUAGAGAGCGGGCGGGUGGAGACUUGUUCGGCCCUCUCAAUGACCUGAAGCUCACGAAGAACACUCGCAAGUGCGUGAACCUCUCGUCCUACAACUAUCUUGGCUUUGGCGGUGUCGAUGAGUUCUGCACCCCCGUUGCACGAAAGGCUGUGCGGGAGAUGGGCUGGUCCACCUCGGGAACCCGUACAGAAGGGGGUACCAAGGACAUCCAUCGCCAGCUUGAAGAUGAGGUCGCGGCGUACCUGCAGAAGGAGGAUGCCUUGGUGCUGGGAAUGGGCUUCGCUACAAACUCCACCAUCCUUCCGGCUCUUUUUGAGGCCAAUGCGAACGGCGGUGGCAUUUUGGUCCUCAGUGACGAGCUGAAUCAUCGCUCGAUUGUGGAAGGUGUGCGCCUCUCUGGUGCCACCGUGCGUGCCUUCGCGCACAACGAGAUGACUGCCUUGGAAGGGGAGUUGCAGAAGGCAGUGGAGAAGGGCCAGCCAGGCAGCGGAAAGCCGUGGCGCAAGAUCUUCGUAGUGGUGGAGGGCAUCUACUCAAUGGAAGGAGACUUCUGCCGCUUGCGCGAGAUCGUGACCAUCAAGAACAGGUACGGAGCCUACCUCUACCUGGACGAAGCUCACUCCAUCGGCGCGGUAGGUGCAACGGGACGAGGCGUCACCGAGCUGCUGGGCGUUCCCACCUCCGAGGUGGACAUCAUGAUGGGAACCUUCACGAAGUCCUUCGGGAGUGCCGGAGGCUACGUCGCAGCUUCGAAGGAAGUCAUCGCUGCUCUUCGCCGCGGAGCGCCAGGAAGCGUGUUUGCCGGUGGCAUGGCGCCACCCUGCGCAGCGCAGGCUUUGCAGGCUCUCCGCGUCAUCUCUGGCAAGGAAGGUGGUGACACCGGGGCACGGAAGCUCGCGGCUAUCAAGGAAAACGCCAACUAUUUCCGCGAGGAGCUGGCUCGUCGUGGCUUCAAGGUUCUGGGCGACGUCGAUUCUCCGAUCAUCCCGGUGAUGCUGCACCACCCCUGGAAAAUGGCCGCCUUCUCACGACGCUGCCUGGACCGCGGCAUCGCAGUGGUCGUGGUGGGCAACCCUGCCGUGCCCAUUCUCUACGAACGUGUGCGCUUCUGCAUCUCUGCGGCGCACAGCAUUCCGCAGCUGGCUGAGGCCAUCACGGAAAUCACUGCCGUGGGCCGAGAGCUCGGCGUGCUCUUUGAGUUGGCCACUUCUAAGCAGGAGUUGGAAGCUCGAGCGGUGCAGGAUCAGCAAUACGCUUCCUGGCUCCGCACGGCACCGCUGACCAAGAAGGUCGAUGCCACGCCCGCGGCUAGCUGGCGGCCCGAGGCGCUGUCGCCGGCAGCGCCAGCUGAGGACAGCCUGCUGGCCUCCUUGCAGGAGGCCUGUGCCCGACCGGAGGAGGUCGUGCCAGGUAGCCAGGAGUUCCGGCUUAUGGACCCGCUUGGCUAUGCGGCCUCGCCACUGGAGGCAGCCUUCCAAGCAACGGAGGCAACGAUGGACCACUACGGCUUUGGAGCCUGUGGUCCUCGUGGCUUCUAUGGCGGCUCCCUCCCGCACUUGGAGCUGGAAACGGUGAUUGCCAAACAUCUUGGAUGCGAGUCCGCCAUCGUCUACUCUGCUGGAGUCACCACCGUCUCCAGUGUCAUCCCAGCUUUGGUGCAAACCGGGGACAAAGUCAUUGUGGAUUCUGAGGUGCACCUGGGGUUCCGUGCUGGCCUCCGUCUCUGCAAGGCCGACGUGACUUGGGUUCCACACAACGACCUGUUCUCCAUCGAGCGGGCGCUAGCGGCGAAAUCCACCAGGAGCCUGGAGAAAGGAAAGGACUCCAAGGAGUCCCGGCGGACUUUCAUCAUGGUGGAGGCCAUGAACCAACGCACCGGGCAGCUGGCACCGCUGGCGGAGCUCGUGAAGCUGAAAGAGAGAUAUGGAGCUUUGUUGGUGCUCGACGAGACCCUGUCCUUUGGCUGUUUGGGCGAAACCGGCCGGGGUCUCACGGAGCUCCAAUCGAUCCCUCCGACGCAGGUGGAUGCGAUCAUGGGCUCGCUAGAGCAUGCUGCCGCAGGGGUAGGCGGCUUUUGUGCUGGCCGGCGUGGUCUAGUUGACCACCAGAGGCUCGCAGGAGCAGGCUACUGCUUCUCAGCGUCGUGCCCUCCGUCGGCAUGCUCCGCGGCAAUGGCCACCGUGCACGACCUGGCUUCUGCAGAAGGCAAAAGCCGGCGGGAGCGAUUGAAGGCCGCUGCAGCAAAGCUGCAUCUAACUUUGGCCUCGAUUGCUGAGGACUCUCCAUUGGAACUGCUGAGCAGUUCCGAAUCCUUUGUACAGCAACUUCGGUGGAAGCACGACGACGCAGAACAGCAGCUUAUGCGCCUUAGCCGGGCCCUCGCCCAGGACGGGUUGCGAGCGCAGGUCUGCUCGCCGAGCUUGUGCGGCUCAGAAGGAGCCUUCGAUGCUCGGCUGAAGGCACCGAAUGGCGCAAGGUCCGCAAGCGACAUGACCCGUGCAUAUUUUGCUUCCAAGCGGUGCAAGAAGCGCAUGUCCCUUCUUGCCGUGCUGGACACCCAGAGUGCCCGGAAGGCCAUGGAGCUGCUGGUGCAGGACCAGCCUGUGGAGCUUUCGGCUGUGGGAGACCUGGUUGCUGGCUCAGUGCAGCGUAAAGGGCAAAUUCCGGAGACAAUUUCCAUUCUGGUUCUGGGACUGUCCAUACUGUCCAGCAAAAGAAAUACAUCGCGUGCAUCCCGACUCUGUAUCGAAUUGAGCAACCAUGGGCGCCUACAAGUACCUCGAAGAGAUGUGGCGCAAGAAGCAGUCGGAUGUGAUGCGCUUCUUUGCGCGCCUGCGCAAUUGGGAGUUCCGUCAACUGCCGGCGGUGCACCGCUGCACUCGCCCAACACGCCCGGACAAGGCGCGAAAGAUGGGCUACAAGGCGAGCUUCUGUAUGCCAAGCAAGGCUACUGCAUCUACCGUGUGCGAGUGAAGCGCGGCGACCGCAAGAAGCGGGUUGCCAAGGGUAUCGUGUACGGCAAGCCGGUGAACCAGGGCAUCAACAAGUGGAAGGCAGUCCGGAAUCUGCGCAACAUUGCAGAGGAGCGUGUGGGCCGCAAGUGCGGCAGCUUGCGUGUGCUGAACUCCUACUGGGUAGCCCAGGAUGCGGUGCACAAGUGGUUUGAGGUGGUCAUGGUGGACCCCUUCCACAAGACCGUUCGUGAUGACCCGCGCAUCAACUGGAUCUGCAAGCCAGUGAUGAAGCACCGCGAGCUGCGAGGUCUCACGGCCGCGGGCAAGAAGGCCCGUGGCCUGCUCAAGAAGGGCAAGCGUGCCACCAAGCUGCGCCCCUCCUACCGCGCUGCCUACCGCCGCCACUCCCUUAUGCGCCUGCGCCGCUAUCGCUAG